AAUAAUUCAGCAAAAAACAAACAAAUAAAACACAUUACUUUUCAAGUUGAAAUGUGAUAUCUAAAUAAACAACACCUAUGAACACUGCGUUGCUCAUAAUGUGACAUGCGCACAAAAAAGCAGGGGCACUGAAUGACGCCCCUGUUUGAGACUCGUAUCAGAAUUGAGUAAAUGAUCGUGUUUUUCAUCUUGCUGUGUCCGUGACUCUGCUUAUUAAUGUCUGACAGGUGAACAGUCUUCCUCCCGGCCAGGAGAAUGCAGAAGGGGAGACAGCGCGUUUGAUGUGAUGUAAUGCUUGCAGUUCUGAGCGCUGCCACGGGCGGCGCUUCGGCGCUUUCAGAUCCUGUUUGUAACGCAAGUUCUGACAGAGCGAUUUCUACACCGAAGUUCUAUUAACACUUCGAAGAAUAUACUUUAUUUGUGUGGGUGGUCUAGAAAGCCAGUGUAUAUCUGUGUUAUAUAUAUUUGAGCUAAUCCUAUUUAAAAGAUAUUACCAAAAACAAACAAAAACAAAGAAAACUGCAUGCAUGACACAUCGACGUAUAAGAAAGGAAGAAAAGUUUUGUAAAGGAAUAGCAGAUAGAUAGCGAUGGAUACCGGAGCCUCAGCGCCGGAUCCGUCAAAGGAAAAGUGUGAAGAGGAAAUGAAGAAACAGCCAGAGCCUCGACGAAAACGAAGACGAAGAAACAGUAGUGAGGAAGGCCAUCCUAACAUGUCUGGAUGUGAAGCGAGUGCAGAAGAGGAAACAGGAGAGACAGAGGAACAAGAACCAGCAAGAAUAGCAGAAGCAAAUAUUCUGGUAGCGCAUGACCAGUUUAGCUGUUCAGUGUGUCUGGAGAUACUAAAGGACCCAGUCGCUAUUCCAUGUGGACACAGUUACUGUAUGCGGUGUAUUAAGAACUGCUGGGAUCAGACUGAUCAUACAGGUGUCUACAGCUGCCCCCAGUGCAGAAAGACCUUUACUCCAAGGCCUGAUCUGUGCAGAAACACCGUGCUGGCUGAAGUUGUGGAGAAAUUAAAGAAGACAGGACUCAAUCCUCCUCCUGCUCAAAGUUAUGCUGGACCUGGAGAUGUGCCGUGUGAUGUCUGCACUGGGAGAAAGUUCAAAGCUGUGAAAUCCUGUUUGACGUGCCUGGCCUCUUACUGUGAAACACAAGUCAAGCCACACUAUGAGGGGGCUGCUUUCAAGAGGCACAAGCUGAUCAAUGCAAUUGGAGAUCUGGAGCAGAAGCUUUGUGCUGAACACCAGAAGGUUUUGGAGGUCUUCUGUAGAACCGAUCAGACAUGUAUUUGCUUGUUGUGUACAGAUGAGGAUCACAAGAGCCAUGAUACAGUCUCAGCUGAGAAAGAAAGGAGUGUGAAACAGAAGCAGCUGGAAGAGACACAGACAGAAAUACAACAGAGAAUCCAGGAGAGACUGAAAGAAAUUGAUGAGCUGAAACAGGCUGUGGAGUCACUGAAAGUGGAAAUAAAGGAAAGUGAGAAGAUCUUUACUGAGCUGAUCCGAUCCAUUGAGAAGAUCUACACUGAGGUUAUCGAGCUGAUUGGAGCUAACGAGAAGGCUGCAGUGAAUCAGGCUGAAGGACGCAUGAAGAAACUGGAGCAGGAGAUUGCUGAGCUAAGGAGGAGAAACGCUGAGCUGAAACAGCUUUCAGAGACAGAGGAUCACAUCAAUUUUCUACAGAAUUUCCAGUCUCUCUGUGCCCCUCCUGAAGCUGGAGACUUACCCAGCGUUACUGUCAAUACAGACAUCUCUUUUUGGGCUGUGAGGAAAGCUGUAUUUGAACUUAAAGACCAUAUUGAGAACUUCUGCAAGGGGGAAUUAGUCAAAAUUACCACAACAGUGAAUGAAGUUGCAGUUUACAGUCUGCAGGCUCCAGAGCCAAGGAACAGAGCUGAGUUUUUAAAAUAUUCCUGUCAGCUCACACUGGACCCCAACACAGCGAAUAGAAACCUCUGUCUGUCUGAAGGGAACAGAAAGGUGACAUGGAGGAGAGAGACCCAGAGAUAUCCUGAUGAUCACCCAGAGAGAUGUGACUACUGGGAACAAGUGCUUUGCAGAGAGGGUUUAUCUGGGACUCGCUGUUACUGGGAGAUUGAGUGGAGUGGGGGAGGGGCUGAUAUAGGAGUCACAUAUAAAGGAAUCAGCAGGAAAGGAGUGGAUCGUUCCUGUCUCCUUGGAUGCAAUGACAAGUCCUGGAGUUUGGAAUGCUCUGAUUCCAGUUACUCUGCCUGGCACAAUAACAAUGAAACUGCAAUAACUGCCCCCCACUCCCCCAGAAUAGGAGUGUAUCUGGACUUUAAUGCCGGCACACUGUCCUUUUAUGGUGUCUCUGACACAAUGACCCUCCUGCACAGAUUCCAAACCACAUUCACUGAGCCGCUCUAUCCUGGGUUUUGGCUUCGUUAUGAGUCCCCUGUAACAAUCUGCCAGCUGAACUAGACUGUUUUGUGUUGUAAGAAACCCUUUGUAUUGAACUCCCUGUCUGUCCUCUCCACUCCUCGGGUGAAGGGAAUGUUCAAUCUGACACAACUUUGGAUGAAAGUUAGGGGGUAAAACGGCGCCACCUGCAGAGCGAAACGAGGUGAAUUAUUUGUUUUUAGCAACGAAUGGAUUUCAUAUGAAGUAACUGUAUUUAAUUUAUUUUUUAAGAAUUGUUAUGUUUUAUAUAUAUUUUAAAAAAUGGCAUCCAAUAGUCAGUGCUGUAACAGUUUUUAAAAAAGUGAACUUAAGUUUGCUUUAUUGUGUGUGUGUUUUUGUUUUUUGAUUUCCUUAAAAUGUUUAAUAUUUCAGAUUUUAGUAAUGUGAUUUAAUAAAAAAAAUUAACGU